AUGCCUCUCACUUCAUGGGACACAAAUUUACAAGUCUCAUUGAAUAUUAAUAUUUAUCCAAACAAGAUAUCAACUCAACCUACGACCUUGAAGCUCCGAGUACCAUCUUGGACAAAUCUAACUGGUUUAUCAGCAACUUUAAAUGGAAAACCUUUACCAACACCAACUUCGGGAACUUUUUUUGCAAUCAACCAACUAUGGGGUCGUAAACCCAAUGUCACCAUUAAGUUCCCUAUCAGCAUAAGAUGUGAAAAUAUACAAGAUGACAGGGAUGAAUACCAAACUGUGAAAGCAUUUUUUUUCGGUCCGUACCUUCUGGCCGGCCUAACCGAAGAAGAUUGGAUUAUGAAGAGUGGCAACUCGAGCUCACCUUCCGAUUGGAUCGUUCCAAUACCACACAAUAACAAAUAUGAGCUAGUAUCUCUCAGCCAAAACAUCAGAAUAUUCACGGAAUCCUUUAUCAUGAAGUCAAACAACAAUCUUGUAAUGAAGGGUUCACCAAAACCAGGAUCAGUUGAAGCCAUGCAUGCAACAUUUAGAAUAGGACGUUUGUUCUCAACAUCAAGUGAUGUCCACCCUGAAGAAUCACUAGUCUACAUUGAACCAUUUGCGUUUCCAGGAGCUUUGGUUGAACACCAAGGACCAAAUGCCCCUCUCACUAUCACAAGAACUCCAGGAAAUAGAACCAUAUUCAAAGUGAUUACAUGGUUGGAUGAUAAGUAUAACAAAAUAUCUCUAGCUUCAAAAUCAAAUCCAAAUUGUUUCAUUUACAGUGGAAGUAAUUACACGGAUGGGGAUAGUUUGAAGUUGAUGUGCAAUGAGAAUUGGAAGUCUAAUUACAAGUUCCAGGUGGCAAUUAGCUUCAUAAAGAAAGAAGGAUUAAGGGAGUAUAAUCCAAUAAGCUUCUUGGCUAAUGGAGUCAAUAAUAAGUUCUUGUUGGAGCCAUUGAUGAGCUUGCAGGAUGAGAAUUACAGUGUCUAUUUCAAUGUCACAGCUUGA